AUGUCUACCCUCACGCUUAUUUUAUUUUCAUUUCCGUCUGUUCUCACGGACAAUACACAGUGUAUACCCUCCCGCUUGUUUUAUUUUGUUUAUCUGUUCUCGGACAAUUUAUUUUAUUUUCAUUUCCCUUUAGGGUUAAUAUUUAUCUGUUCUCACGGACAAUGCACAAUGUAUACCCUCCCGCUGCUUUAUUUUCAUUUCCUUGCAGGGUUAAUAUUCAUCUGUUCUCACGGACAGUACACAAUGUAUACCCUCCCGCAUAUUUUAUUUUCAUUUCCCUGCAGGGUUAAUAUUUACCUGUUCUCACGGGCAACAGCUCAAUAUUCAUCUUUUCUCACGGACAAUGCACAAUGUAUACCCUCCCGCUUAUUUUAUUUUCAUUUCCCUUUAGGGUUAAUAUUUAUCUGUUCUCACGGGCAACUGUAUAGCCUCCAGCUUAUUUUAUUUUCAUUUCUCUAUAGGCUUAAUAUUCAUCUUUUCUCGCGGACAAUGCACAAUUUUUCUUUCUCUUCUAUGAAAAACUCUCUUUCUCUUCUUCAGUUGCCUCCAGUUCUUUUGCCCUUUUUUCUUCUCCAGACUGAUGUUGUUGGUACUUGUCGUUCUGAAUACAAAAUUGUAAGCAGUAGUCGUAGGAAUGAGAGAGUGGAGAAGACGAAAAAUCUACUCAGCUGCAGUGACCGUGAAGGUUACCGCCUGGCUGUCCAAUCUAUCGGAUACAAUGUACCUUCAUUUGUCAAAUCUCUCCCACUGAUGAAGAGUGAAUAUAAAUGUACCCAGACACUGGAUCUCGGCUCUAACAUCCUGCAAAGUUCAACAUGUUCAGAAGAACACGUUUUCAGACCAUUCUCUUAUGGAAAGAACGGUGCCAUGACCAGCAGUGAACAAACUUUGACCUUCACCAACAAAAGAAGGGCUGGACGUCCAUCUCGUGAAAACUUUAACCAGAGAAGUACGCUGCUGUUCCAUCACCAAGAUGACAUUCCGAGUAAGCAAGAUAAAGAGGAUAAAAUUGAGGCUAAAUUGCAGGAACUCUGCCAGAAAGCAGCCGAAGAUAUUCGCCCUGAAGUUCCAGAAAUGGUUAACCAAUUGAUUGGACAUAUGCGUCAGGUUGACCAAGAUGUUCUUUCAAGAGUUUACAAGAAAAUCAACCAAAGGACCAUCUGUGCUCCCAAUGCUGAUCGUAUCAAGCAAUAUUUCCACGAUGCCAUUCCAAUGGUAGGAACUGAAGCUUCAGUUGGCAUGAUCCAAGACCUCAUCUCCAAGAAACGUGUCACCGGCAGCGAAGCUGAAAUGUGGCUAUUGUCAUUAUCAUUUGUCCAUCAUCCUACAAAGGAAAUGGUUGCAGCCGCUACGCCUUUGUUAGACGAACGUGAUGUCUCUGGUAAUACCCUACUCGCUGUGUCAUCUUUGGCAAGCAGUUAUUGCAAUGCAAGACCUGACUGCGGAAAAGAUUCCGAAAUCACUACUCUCCUCAGAAAACUAAUAGAUCACACCCACGAUUGCAAUACCCAAAAUGGUGAUGCCAGAAGAAUCAUCUUUGCUCUUCGAGCAAUUGGCAACAUUGGUCAUUCACAUGAGACUGUGUCUCAUUUGACUCGCUGUUUCACUCGACGAGAUGUCCGUGAGGAAAUAAGAAUUGCAGCUAUGGACGCCUUCCGAAGAAUUCCAUGUGAUGCUAUGCGAUCUGAUUUGAUGGGAGUCUUCCGUGAUGAAGCUGAGGAUUCUGAGCUCCGUCUCAACGCGUACAUUGCCCUGAUGAAGUGUCCAAGCCGAAACGUUUUGUCUGAAGUACGUCAAGUGUUAGAAAAAGAAAAGUCCAAUCAAGUCGGAUCGUUUGUGUGGUCUCAUCUGACAAACCUGAUGGAAACAUCGGACCCACACAUGCAGGACAUUCGUAAUAUUGUCCAAGACGAAGAACUCAAGAAAGAAUUUAACCUUGACCAAAGAAAAUUCUCCAGAAACUACGAAGGAUCCUUUUUCCUUGAUUCAAUCAACAUGGGUGCCAAAGUAGAUAGCAAUGUCAUCUUUUCACAGAAAUCUUUCAUACCAAGAUCGGCCAACUUGAAUCUUACCAUUGACUUAUUUGGUCAUGCUAUCAAUUUCCUGGAGUUUGGAGGUAGAGUCCAAGGCGUUGAGAAAAUUCUGGAGAACUUCUUUGGACCUGCUGGUACUAACACCCCUGCUUUAAAGUCGCGAGUUCCAAUAAAUUUUGAUAAAAGUAUGGAUGCGUUCCGUGCUUCUGCUUAUCUGAGAGUGUUUGGAAAUGAACUUCGUUAUUGGGAUGAUAAAUCCCUGAAUGAAUUGCAGUCUUCCCUGAAGAGACUGAUGUAUAUGCAAUCGUUGUCAUUCAGUAAAACUAUGGCGCUUCUUGAUAGCCGUAUGAUUAUUCCCACCUGCGUCGGUCUUCCUCUCAACCUCACUAUUUCUACCACAGGAAGUAUUUCUCUUGAUGCUAAGGCAUCAUUUCAACGACCAAAAUAUGAACUAAAUAUCGACUUCAGACCAAGUGCUUCAAUCCAAGUGAAAGGCGAAAUGUCUGUAGAUGCACAUGUGUCUAGAGCUGGUCUAAAGAUGGUGACAGUUGCCCACACAAGUACCGGAGCUAAACUGGAUAUUCGUAAUAACAAAUUUGAUUUACAGAUUCCUCAAAAGAAGAUGGAAAUUUUCAACCUCAAGACUGAUUUUUACAUCGUCCAUCGAAAUUCCGAAAAAAAACAGAGAAUGAUUGUCGAUAACGUGAAAAAACACGAGGUUUGCACAGGCAAAUUCAUGAAGCAAGUAACUGGUCUUAGUUUCUGUCAAAUUCUCAAGUUCCCAAAUGCUUCACAUCACAAAGAGGCUCCAUUCUUUCCAUUCACUGGUCCAGUUAUCUACGAUCUUUAUAUGAUUAACGAAGAUGUUCCCAACGGAUACCAAAUCGAAGGAUUUACCAAGCAAUCACCCUACUCUUUCUACAUUGACACUCCAAAUUCCAAAGUUUCCCGGAGAAUUGCUGUUGAUACCGUCAUGAAAAACAAAAAGGAAGCUCAUAUCACAUUUAAGGCUCCAUGGAAAAACAUCAAAAUUGAAGGUACAGUCGUUAAUAUGCUCGAAAUGAAGAAAAUUACUGGAACAGUGUCUCUCAAUGGACGCACAGAAUAUGCCUUAAAUGCUCAGCUUGGAGUCAAAAAUACGAAAGGUUUAUUGAGCUUCACACCUAAAUUUGACAUCACUAUUCCCCAAAAGAGAAUGGAGUAUGAAGGAAUAAUUGAAAUGAAGCCGAUGAAAUCCUUACUCAUCGAUAUGUCUGCCAAGGGAUUUAUUGCCAAUGAUAUCAAUUUGAAAGUGUCUGGCGAAAUUGUUCCGAAAGAAAUUGGUCUCACCACUCAAUUUAGAAUCGGAAAGAAAGAAUAUUAUAUUGCUAGUCGUUUGGGAAGAUUGAUGGACGCUGGACACGACCACACUGGUUUUGCUACUGAGGUGAUCGGCCGAGUAAGCAGCAGCCCAGAAAAGUACAAUGCCGAUGUCGAGAUGGGAUAUUUAACCUUAAAACGUCAACAGCAAAAGUUUGCCAUUCGUGGAGAAAUUCACACACUCAACCGUGAAGCUAAUUUGAAGCUGGAAGCCCCAUCAAAGACCAUUGAAUUGGAUGGAUCUAUACGUACCGGAAACAGAUUCAUGAUGUCCGCUUUAAAGAAAGAAAGUGGUAAAGAAAACAUGGAAGCUCUCUUCAAAUUGAACCCAAAUUCCAAGAGAAUGAACAUCAUCUUCAAUUAUGACGAAGCCGAUCCUAACAAGCUAUACCGCAUUGACGCCGAUCUGAUGAAGACUAAGGCCAACUUGAAAGCUUAUCGGACCAACAAACAAAGGAAACAAUUCACUGAUGGAAGAGUUACAGUUGAACUCAAAACAAACAAUCUUUUCCAAUCGCACAUCAAGUGGAAUCCAGAUUUUCUUGAAGAACUCAACAUGUUUGGUUACAAGAAAUUGACCAUGUACGGAAAGGAAUUGAAAUCAUUUGGAGACUCUGUGAUUCAUGUGCUGAACGAUGAAGUUUCCAUGAAAUUCGCUCUUGCCAAACGAUCAUUUAGCGAGGAGAUGGAACCCAUAAGAGAUUAUUUUGCAACUGAGUACAACAGUAUGGCUGAGGAUAUCACCAGAGUCAUGCGCCAUAUGAAUCGGAUGUUCGAACAGGAUUUUCUCUACGUAAAGACUGCAAUAACAGCCAUCAACAAUGAAUGGCAUGAAAUGUGGCUUUCCUUCAACAGAUUUCUUAAAGGAAUGAAGCAGAUGAUUGAAGACUUCAAUUGGGAUAUGAAACAUAGAAUGGAUGAAGCAAAGAAACAAUUCGACUACUACUAUGGCCAAUACAGUAUGCAGCUUAAGAACAAAGUCAACGAAUUCCACGAGUAUUGUAAACAAAAGUGCGAAAUGUUGUAUGAACGUGCAAUGGAAAUGAAAACUGAAAUUGUUUCUUUUCUGAAAGAUUAUCCAAUCACAAUUAAAGAUCUUAUGGAUCGGAUGCGCAGAAAUACGUACGGAGAGAAAUUGAUCGAUUUCCUAAUGACAAUGUAUGAAGAAGCUAAUAAAAAGACAGUACAAGCCAAAGAGCAUAUGCAGACUUUAACAUCUGCCAUUUAUUCGGCCCAUGCCACACUCAACCGUCAUAUUGCCAGAGUGAGACGUUAUCCAAUCGUUGAUGCUAUCAUGGAGGCAAUUAAUGAAAUCUACCAGCAGGCUUUGUGGGCGUACAAUUACUGGGAUGUUAGAGACAACGUGUUGGGACUGAAGAAGACCUUGUACAAAUUUGGUGCUGAGAAAAUCAAGGAAAUCAAGGACAUCGUCACUGAUGUUGGCAUGAAUACUUUGAUUUUCGACCCGAAACGUGGAGAGAUCAUUGUUGAGAUUCGCUUUGGUGCUGCCAAAUACGCCUACAACCACUUCAUGUCGAGUGUGGAAGAUCUAGAACGGGCUGUGAUGAAAUUGAGCAACCUUAUGCCAAAUAUCGACUUGAAUGUUUGGGAUAUUUACUACAUGAUGAAACCUUCUUCCGACCUCUACGAUUAUAUUCCUCCAUUCAAAGCUGAGGCCACUCUGUUCGCUGGUCAGCACAUCACUACAUUUGAUGGACGUCAUCUCAAUUACAAGGCUACAUGCAGCUACCUCUUGGCACGUGACUUUGUCGAUGGUAAUUUCAGUGUUGUGGCCAACUUUGACGCAGACCGUAGAGCAAAAACAUUGAAAUCGCUCAGCCUGACAACGGCUCAUAAUGAACAAUUGGAAAUAUUCCCAAACAACAAGGUAUUCUACAAUCGUCAGAUGGUGAAAUUGCCGCUGAAACUUACCGAUGCCACAGUCACUCGUCAAGACAACUUGAUCGUUGUGGAAAGCAAGCGAGGCUACAAAGUAAUGUGUGACCACGAUAUCCAACUGUACACCGUGCAAAUCAGCGGUUGGUAUUUCAAUAAAAUGGCUGGUCUUUUCGGUAACUACAACAACGAACCCGAAGACGACAUGCUCAUGUCUAAUAACAGAUACACCAACGAUUUGGAAAAGUUUGCCCAGUCGUGGUCAGUUUCCAGACAAUGUAGAUCUCAUCGUAACUUUGCCCCCAGCCACAUGGUUCCAGAGAACAGAGAUUGUGCACACUUUUCUUACAAUCUGAUUCGCCAUUCCGUUACUGUUUCAAACAGGUAA